GUCAAAAAUAUCUCGAUUAUCAAUUGUUUAAAAACGUAUAUUUUAGGAGUUAAGUAUGUUACCUUCCUUUAUUUGGUCUGCAGCUCUGUUAUUCCCUUUGGCAUGGGGACUUAAAUAUACUGACUGUGGAUCGAAAACAGGAAAAAUUGUUUCUGUCAAAAUGACUGGGUGUGAAGAUGAAGAUAUAUGCGAAUUAAAGAGAGGAGAAACUUACAAUUAUGAAGUAAAAUUUGAGUCUUUAACUGCAAGCAAAAGACUGAGAGCUGUACUUAAUGGAAUUAUUAAUGGAGUAGCUAUGCCAUUUCCUCUUCCUAAUGCAAAUGCAUGUGAACACAGUGAUAUUGAAUGCCCUAUUAAAAAUGGAGAAAGUUAUACAUAUUCAUAUGAUAUUGAAGUUCGUGAUAACUAUCCUACACUACGAGCUGAUGUCAAAUGGCAACUCAAGGAUGACAAGAAUAAGGAUGUUGUCUGCGUUCUCUUACCAGUAAAAGUUGUGUAAUUUUAAAUUUACGAGAUAAAAAAUGCUUUUUAUCAAUAUUUAGAUUUUUUGGCUAAUUAUGAUAAAUAUUC